GAACUCAAAAACCUCAUGGAAUCAAUUAUUAACCAAGUAAUUGACCAUAAAUUGUAUGGAAGCAGAUCAGAAUAUGAAGGCACAAUUGAUAGUGUCCUUGAAGAAUUCUCUAUUGAACUGAUUUGUCUAUCGGGAUUUAUAAGAAUUUUGUCCAGUAACUUCCUUAGGAAAUGGUAUGGGAAGAUGCUGGGAACUUAUCCAUCAGUUUCACCAUUAAGUAAGAGGAGAAAUAUCUAUAAUCAAACACAUCCAUCUACAGACAAAAUUGUGGGCUGUAUUGUGCAUUUUGUACUUUUUAGCUAUCUCUCUUUCACAUUAAUCUUGGUAGGUAAUUUUCCAGAUAAGGGAUGUUUUCCCUUCUCUUUCUUUCAGGAGGAGACCAGUCCUGAAGCAAUAAUUGUACAAGAGCCAGUAUGUGUAAAGGCAGAAGAUACCCAGGAGACCUUAUAUGCAAAGAUCAAAGAAGCAGAGAACCAUGUCUUUCCCAUGGCUCUGCAACUGGUUGCUAGUGGAAUGGUGCAGUUAAGAGAAGAGGGAAAAAUCUAUUGGAAAAGAGAAAGACAGGAGCUGAUCUGCCAAAAGGAAAGGCAGGAUUGUUAAUGCUUUUGUAGCAGCAAUUUCA